GCCAGCCUUGCCUUGCAUUGCUGCCUCGCCUUGAUUGACUCAGUGCCUGAUUGCUGUACAGUGCUGUGAAGCACACAACCAUUGGCUUUGCCAUUAAUAAUUAAAUAAAAUCAUCAUCAUCAUAGCUAUUCUUUGAUUCUUCUUCUUCUUCUUCAUAUUGAGUGGCUGGCAAGAUUCAUCGCUUGUCCUCCCUAACCACCUAAAUCCUCUGUUCUCUCUCUCUCUCUCUCUCUCUCUCUCUCUAUCUUGUUUUCUGUUUGCAACACGAUGGUGAACUACUGGAAAUCCAAGGUCCUUCCAAAGAUCAAGAAGGUUUUUGAAAACCCGAAGAAGGUUGCAGCUGCCGAAGCCUGCAAGAGCUUUGAUGAAGCUAAGGAAGAAUACUCAAAAGAGUUCCAAGACAAAAAGACAGAACUUGAGCCUAAAGUCAUCGAAAUCUAUGAAGCUUCCUCUGCUGAGGUCAAGACUCUGGUAAAGGAACCCAAGGACUCAGGCUUAAAGAAGCACUCCGCCGCAGUUGAGAAAUUCCUUGACGAGCUAUCUAAGAUUGGAUUCCCCGGAUCGAAGCAAGUCUGCGAAGCAGCUACCAAGGUUGGAGCAGGAUACUUACCUGGUCCAGUGUUCUUUGUGUUUGAGAAGGUGUCCACGUUUAUAGUUACAGAGGAGAAGAAGGAAGAGGCUGUCGAUGUCGAGAAGAAGGAAGGAGAUGCAGAAGAAGUGACGAGUAGUAGCGCUCCCCCAGAAGUUAAAGAUAAAGAGAUUGGCGAUGUCGAACCCAAGGAGGAGGUGAAGGUGGAAGCAGCGCCUGAACCUGAGCCUAAGGUGGAAACUGAGCCUGCAACCACGGGCAAAACCGAAGAACCAUCGAAGGUUGAAGAAGGUGCACCUGCCGAACCCCCCAAGCCUUGAUUGCUGAUUGGAUUUCUGCCUUGAUAUGUAUAAAAUCUUCAACUUUCUUCUUCCUGCAUCGAUUGGGCAAAACUGAUGCAUAUGGUUGCUGCUUGUGUGUGUGUUUCUCAUUUGUUUAUUUGGCUCUCUGUGUCGUCGUUUCUUAUUUACACCCCACCACUUUUUAUUAUUUUGUGCAUUGUUGUAGUCGAAUUGUAUGUAAUUGGCGUACAGUACGGUACGGUACAGUUUGUUAUUUAUUUAUUGUGUGUAUAAACAGAUUAUAAUGAAAAACAUCUUUGUUUCAAAGUA